AUGGAUCACUUGUGUCAAUUUGUGAAGCACAGAAAAGUAUUUUCAAGGCGGUCAGAGACAACGAUACAAUGUGCUUUUGGCUCUCAUAAAGAGGUUUGCAAAGCCUUUUUUGCUCACAAUAAGGACUUCCAUGGGAUGUUUAUGCACAUCAAAAAGGAACACAAGAAGAUCUACAAUCAGCUUAGGGCGAAGCUGCAUGAGAACGGAUAUGUAGGUGUUUCAGGAUGUGUUGCUUUUUUUUAUCUUUGUGGAAGCUUCGCCUUAUUCUGUAAAUAUUUAAUAGUUUUAUUAGUUUUGUAUAAUUUAUGUUGUUAUUGGUUUGUUUUUCAUUUUAGGAUGCCGAUAACCCUACAUUCAUACCUCGCUACAACGUUAGUGCUGACUCGACUCUAAACGAACCUUGUUCAUCAACUGCACACGAUCGUUCGAGCACAACUGCAGAGUUAGAUCAAACUCCAUCAACUUCAAGUAGAUCAAUGUGAGUUUUCUUUUUGAUUUGCUGUUUACAGUGAUUUUCAUUUUUGAUGUAACGAUUUCGUGGUCGUUGAAGUAAAAUUCCUAAAUAAUUUGGAAGAGUUGUUGAUAAAGAUUGUAGAGGUUCAAAAAUUUUUAGAAAAGGGAAAAACAUAUUAUUUGGCAAUAUUUGAACGAAAUUCAAAAGAAAAUGUAUUUUCCAACGUCGAAACAAAAGAGAAGUUUUGCGAAAUAAAUUAAUAUUUUAACGUUUGUUGUAAUUUUGGUGUUGUUGAAUAUAUGAUUAUAUUCGUUAUAGAAAGAAAGAAGAGAAUGAGCUAAAUAAAAAACUGAUGAAGAUGAAGGUAGACUGUUGUGCACAAGUUAAACAAAUGUUGAGAACCCCUACAUUAUUAGCGCAUAUGAUGCGAUCAAAUUGUAGUAAAUAUUAUACCGUGAAGAUACACAAUCUACAGAAGGAGAUGGCGAUAUACAAGGACAAACUGUUAUUUAUUUACCCUGAUUUGGUAUGUUGCUGUGACGUCUGUAUAAACUUGGUCUGGGGGGGUCAGUAUUUUUUGCUUCUGUUUUUUGUUUUAAAAAUCUUCUUUUGAUGAUUGAUGUUAUCUUUGAAGACGUAAGAUUGUUUUUCUUAUUUUAUAUUAAUAUUGUUGAGUUCAGUUUCCUAUUUCUUCACAAAAUGAAGGUGUCGAAUCGUCGCCAGAACCAGAAGGACUUUACAAGAUUGAGAAGAUUUUAGAUCAUAGGAUCAGAAAUGGCGAUUUGGAGUACCUUAUCAAGUGGGAGAAUUACCCAGAGGACCAAGAUUCCUACGAGACGGUCGAAAAUCUAUGCAAUGAUUCUGUUUAUACCCUUCAUCGAUACUUUAAUGAAAGAUUGGUUAACAACACUUUAAUCAAUAACGGACUGCAUUAUGAUCUUUCGUAUGUUAUGUUUUUGUUAUUUGAAUAUUUUCAUGUCUUUCUAGCUUGGCAUUUUGUUAUGAUACUUAAAAUAAUUUGAAGGAAGUUAAGCUUGAAAAAGGUAUUGUGUUUAGUUAUAAAAAAUCUAAAAUUUUUUGUUUUGGAAAGGUUGACAAAAAAGAUUUUAGAGCUCGCAAAGCACCACCAGUUGACUGUUUGGAUACAGUACUGAAUCUUGAACGCCGAGACGCAAUUGAAAUGACUGGAAGACCUUCUUUUUUGAUAUUGAAUCAGAACAGAAGCAAAAUAUGCUCUUUAUUGGACAAGUUGGACAGGAAAAGUUUCCAGGCCGUUUACGAAGAAUCGAAAGGACAGAGUUUUGAAGAAGGCAUAGAGAUGUUGAUGAACAAGUUUAAAGAAGAAAUUUUAAAGGUUUCUGUUGAAGAAGGGCGUGAACAAGAGAAUCAAUCAUACGUUGUUGACAAUGCAGACACUACGAUGACUUGUGGGGACUCUGUUUUAGAUCAAACAGCUGAUUCCUAUGUGGCUUCAGCUCAAACAAUUGCUAAAUCAGGGGAUAACAAUGAGAAUGCUGCUGUUGCUCAAGAAUUGGUUCAACCUGAAAGACCUGUGGCUUCUUCUAAUGUUGCGGAUCAAAAUGUGGUUGAAAACCUUUCUGCUGUUUCUCCAUAUCUACAGUAUGAACAAAAUAUCGAGGAUUCGACUGAAAUAGCUAGGAAUGAUCAAGUGAUUCCAGCUAGACAACAGGAUGGGCUGAAUGGUAAGGUGACGGGUUCAUAAUAUGAAUUGGUGAUUUUGAUUAUUGGUAAUGACUAAUUAUAAUAGGCACAUUUUAGUUUGGUCUUCGCGAUCGAUGAAUGUGGAUAAUGACUUCGGUUUGAGCACAGGACUAAACGAAUCAAGGGAUGACUUACGUAACUUUGUGAGAGAAUGUUGCAACGAUUUCCAACAGUAUGAAAAAAACAUGAAUCUACAGCGUAGACAACAAGUAGAAGGUAUGUGUCGUUUCAAGAUUAUUUUUGGAAAAAAAGUUAAAUAAAUGUGAAAUUAUGUCAUUUUAGAACCCUUUUUUGUGGACGAAAUAACAGGUAAUUCAAGAGCAUUGUCGCCGUUGACUCGAGAUGAUGCUGAAGUUUUAAACGCACCACUUGGAGAGGAUUAUAUAAUUUGUCAGUAUGAAAGUGAAUCUCCGGGAUCAAUGUACAAUGAACAACAGGGACGAGAUACUGAAGCUGGUGACAACGUUGAAGAUGCAUUGUUGCCUGGAUUUGAAAACUUGGGAGAAGUGGAUGUCCCUUCUCCAAUUGGAGAUCAGACUUUAGUCUCUAGCGAUUAUGUUUCACGUACUGAUGAGGCACAAGAUAUUCCAAGGCCUGAAGUUGAAUUGUCAGUUCAAUUACAAGAGUCGGAUGAUCCUUCAGUUGAAGAUGAAAUCGAACAGCAGGAACUGGAGCAACGAACAAAUCCACAACAAGAAAUUGUUCAACAUUCAAUGAAACAUCGUUCUGUACAACAACAUGGAAUGGAACGACAUCUAAAUGAACAACUUAGAGCUGGAGAGCAUUUAGUUGAACAACAUCGGUGUGAACAAAAUGUAACGCAAGGAGGACAACUUGUUGUGGGAGGUGAACAACGGGCACAGCUGGUGGGUGUUAGCAAGCAGCAUGCACAAGUUCGACAAAGACAGGAUAAGAAAGGAACAAAAGGGAAACUCAAGUCACAUGGCGGUGCUCCUGCCAUAAAAGUGGAAGUUACAGAAGACAUGUCUAGUGAUACUACCAGUGCAACAUCUGAAGCGUCUAGUAUUGAUACCGAAUUCAAAAUUAAGAAGGAAGAGGUGACAGAGGAGAAUGUUCAGCGUGUAGAUAAUGCCGGUGAGUUACCUCAAAUAACUUAUUUUAUGGAUUAAAAAUUGUGGUAAUUAUAUUUUUUAUAGGUAUUAAUUAGUUUUGAUAGUUUUAUAAAUUAGUGUUUUAGCAAAAUCCGUAACUGCGCCUUCUGCAGUUUCUACAGGUGUUGUUUCACAAGUCCAAACUGUGACUGAUCCAAAACCUUUUGCUAGGUCUUCUGGAAUUGACAGUCGUAAACGGCACUUUUCUUCAUUAGCUGGUCAACCGGGAAGCACAUACACAGUUAAUAGUUCUAACCAUGCAUUUUCUGGGGUUUUAAAUCCGGAGCUUUAUGAAAAUCAGCCGGAACCAAGUGUGAGCAAUGUUAAGGUAUGGAUUAUAAGUUUAUCUUAGUUUUGCACGUUAAAUUAAAUGUUUUAUAAGUUUUUAAUACAACGUAUUUAAAAAUUUUAAACAUUGAUUUGGGCUUCAAAUGUUUUCCGAACUUUUUAAAUUUUAUUUUUAGGUUCCGAGAUUAGUUGGUCCAACGGCUUCAAGUUACUUCCAACCAUACGUUCCGCCAAAUCAGCCAAUGCGCAAUAGAGUGCAUAGUUACGACGUUCCGCCUUCCAAUAUCUACCAGAUGAAUUUUCAGAAUGUAGCAGACCAAUGGCCACAGUAUUCGACAAUUCAGCCAGCCGGCUCUCUUCAAAGACCUUUUCCCAAUCCAAUGAGUUUGCCGAUGGAAAGCUACGCCUAUUAUCCUGAACAAUAUCCACAGCCGAAUUAUCCACAAUAUUACCCGCAGCCACCAACUAUGCAAAGUCAACUUCAAGCGCCAUCUGUGCUGAAUCAGUCACUUCCACCACAGCCAAUACUACCAAUUUCAGGAAAUCAAAUGCCACAACAACCGUCAUCAAGUCAGCCACAACGUCAAACAGGAUCCUCGAUGUAUCUGGCACCUCCUCAACAGUAUGCCCAACCUGGAAUGCUACAAAACAGAAGGCCGAGCUUGCCCAACUAUCAGAUGGAUCAACCUUUCGAUGAGAGAUUUGAGUAA